UGUCACUGUCAUGGACUCAAUUUGCCGCGAAAUUUUAAGCCUAAAUCAAUUUCCAUUUUAGCCCUUCAUUUUACGUCGCCCCAAGCCUCCGACAGGACCAUCAAAAUUUCAGCUUGACGUUAACUGGUCAUGUAAUCAAGGCCGUCCCAAUUCACCGGUAAUUCCGUUAAUAUCACCACCUCCAAAGAUUCCAGGUUCAGAAGCCCCAUUUCCAGACUCCUCCGCUCUCGACCGCCGCACUGCAAUGGCCAGCGCCACCACUUCCGCCGAAAUCCUCCGUCACACUACCGCUUUCACAUCUGAAAUUCUCUCUCAGUCCAAACUCCGCCUCCGUCUCUUAUCUGCCCUCCGACGGAAACUCCCGACUUCCGACCAAAACGUCUUAAGACAACUCAACCUCGCAGCCGAAACCUUAGAAAACGCCAUUUCCACUUCCAGCUCCUUCAAUCGAUCGUCCUCUCUCCGCGUCGCCGAGAAGCUCCUCCACUCUCACCCUGAUACCCUCUUCUCCUCGUUCCUUCUAUCUCUUCUCUACGCUCUUCUCAACCGCCAUACUGAAGCCGCUGACUCUCUCCUCAAUAUAUUCUCCUCCGAUCCUUCAUUGGCUCGAUCAGAAAUUGCACCGGUGGUGUUUGAGGAGUUUUUUCUCAUCCACCUCCUUCCAGUUCUACAAUCUUUCAAAGAUCAGAGAUCCAGAAUUUUGUCAUCUCUAUCGUCGAAAAAUUUAGGUUAUGAUAGUGAUAAAAGGUCGAGAUUUGAGGAAUCGGUAGUAGUUUCCGGCACUAGGCUGUUGUCAAAAAUGAGCGGCGGUCAAACUUCGGAGCUUAAGGAAUUGGAGCGGGACUAUGAGGAGGUUCUCGAUGAAAAUUGCAGGCUUUUAGUUGGGUACUUCAGAGAGGUUCUGGGCAAUGAAAAUGGAAGCAGAUUGAUUCGUCCACCACCACUGAUAUUUGAAAAAAUCAGAAAAAGUGAUGAAUUCAAAUUCAAUGAAGAUGAACAGAACAAAGUGGAAGAAAUCGGAUUGGGGAACGGCCAGUAUAAUAAUCCAGCAUGGACUGAAGGAGAAAGGUCAGUUGAAUUCUACAGCAGCGGUAGCAGCAGUAAAUCCAAGUCUCCACCCUUUUAUCCUCAAAGGGUCUCUCUAAAGAUCCUCAGAAACCAGAAAUCUUCAAGGACAUUGAGUGCAAUAUCAACAAAUCUAAAGUCUGGUUCUGAGUUGGAGUCUUCUUCAGAGGACAAUUUGAGCAAUUCUUCUUCAGAAUCUGAAGGUGAAACACAGAAAAAGAACAGAAAAAUGGCAUUGUUUGAGCCUAGACGGAGCCAAAUCCAAAAACAGAAACAGCCCAUUUAUGCAGAAUCCAGCAGUUCUCCAGAACGUGUCAUGGCAGCAGAUUCUGAUGAUCCGCCUGGUGGUGGAAAGUGUACGCCUCCGAAGGACUUUAUCUGUCCCAUAACCAGCCACAUAUUCGAUGAUCCGGUGACUCUUGAGACAGGUCAGACAUAUGAGAGGAAAGCAAUUCAAGAAUGGAUAGAUAGGGGAAACUCCACAUGCCCAAUCACACGCCAGAAGCUGCAUAGUACCCAACUUCCCAAAACAAACUAUGUACUCAAACGGCUCAUUGCAAGUUGGCAAGAACAAAAUCCUGGUUUUAUCUCAAUUCACUCUGAUAAUCCAGACCCAGAGACUGACCCAAUCUUCAACUCUACACUGCCUGUGCUACCUUCAACUUCUCCGAACAGUGUUAUAAUAAGCCAAGCCACCAUGGAUGGGACGAUUUGUGAGCUGCGACUUGCUAUUACCAAGCUUUGUAUGUCUGAAAUUCUGAGAGAGUCAGAAAAGGCAGUUCUCCGAAUUGAGCGGUUCUGGCAGGAAAUGAACAUGGGGUUGGAGAUUCAAACUAUGCUCUCAAAACCUGCUGUUAUCAAUGGGUUCGUUGAGAUCCUUUUUAAUUCUGUUGAUCCCCGGGUGCUGAGGGCAACCGUUUUUCUCCUCUGUGAGCUUGGAUCAAGAGACAAAACUGUGAUCCAAACACUUACCCGAGUUGACUCUGAUGUGGAAUGCAUUGUUGCUCUAUUCAAGAAUGGUUUGCUGGAGGCUGUUGUAUUGAUACAUCUGUUAAGACCUUCCACCAUAAGCUUAAUAGAGAUGGAUAUGGUGGAAUCCCUCCUGGUGGUUAUUAAGAAGAAACAAGAUGGUUUUCUUGAGAUGUGUUUGAAGCCAAAAACGGCUUCUAUUCUUCUACUGGGACAGAUUCUUGGAAGCAGUGAAGGCAACAUUGUCACUUCAAUUGCCAAGACUGUAGUAUCUGCAAAAGCGAUUAAAAGUAUUAUUGAGAGCUUGGAAGCUGAGUGGGCAGAGGAGAGAAUUGCGGCAGUUGGGAUCUUGUUGAGAUGCAUGCAAGAAGAUGGAAAGUGCAGGCAUACCAUAGCUGACAAAGCUGAAUUGGCUCCUGUUUUGGAGAGCUUCAUGGGCGCGAGUGAUGGAGAACGGUUUGAGAUAAUUAACUUCUUCUCUGAGUUAGUUAAACUAAAUAGGAGGACAUUCAACGAACAGGUUCUACACAUUAUAAAGGAUGAAGGUGCUUUUAGUACAAUGCACACCCUCCUCAUUUAUCUACAGACAGCCCUCCAGGACCAAUGUCCUGUUGUGGCUGGUCUACUUCUUCAACUUGAUCUCCUGGUGGAGCCAAGAAAGAUGAGUAUAUACCGGGAAGAGGCAAUGGAUACUCUUAUUUCAUGCCUGAGAAACUCAGACUUCCCUGCUGCCCAAAUAGCAGCUGCUGAGACAAUUGUGUCGCUGCAAGGGAGGUUCUCAUCUUCUGGAAAGUCCCUCACCCGGGCUUCUCUCCUUAAACGUGCUGGACUUGACAAAAGUUAUAGAACUCUAAUGCAAGUGGACCAACUCAGCAACAGUUCUGGAGAGUCUGAAGAAAAUUUGGAAGAAGAGCAGGCAGCUGACGAAUGGGAGAGAAAAAUGGCAUUUGUUCUGGUCAGCCAUGAGUUUGGUCUGUUGUUUGAAGCUUUGGCAGAGGGCCUCAGGAGCAGAAACCAAGAGUUAUUUUCAUCAUGCUUUCUGUCAGCUACUUGGCUUAUUCAUAUGCUCACUGUUCUUCCAGACACAGGAAUAAGAGGAGCAGCCCGAGUCUGCUUGCUCAAGCACUUCAUAUCCAUGUUCAAAUCUGCAAAGGGCACAGAAGAGAAAGCCCUUUCCAUGCUUGCUCUGAGCAGCUUCAUCCAUGAUCCUGAGGGACUCAAUGAUCUGACUUCCCACAUGAAGGAUAUAUUGAAAGGACUGAGACAGCUUAAGAAAUCAUGUAUAUUGGCAGUUGAUAUGCUGAAAGUUUUCUCAGAAGGAAACAACUCUAGCAUUGACUUGUGGAAUCAUAAAGAAUUAGUUCAAGUAGAUUGCAGUGCAAAUGGAGAAGUGCUAUCAAUAGUCUGCUUCAGGGAUAAGAUAUUUUCUGGCCAUUCAGAUGGAACGAUAAAGGUAUGGACUGGCAGAGGUAGCAUUCUUCAUCUCAUCCAUGAAACUCGAGAACAUACCAAGGCAGUUACUAGCUUGGCAAUUUUAGAAUCAGGGGAGAGACUGUACAGCGGCUCUCUUGAUAGAACUGCAAGGAUAUGGUCGAUUGGAAGUGAAGCAAUUUACUGUGUACAAGUUCAUGAUAUGAAAGAUCAGGUUAACAAUCUAGUUGUUGCCAAUAGCAUUGCAUGCUUCAUUCCACAGGGAGCUGGCGUCAAGGUUCAUUCAUGGAAUGGAAGAUCCAAGUUAUUAAAUCCGAACAAAAACGUUAAGUGCUUGGCUCUUGUACAUGGGAAAUUAUACUGUGGGUGCCAUGAUAACAGUAUUCAGGAAAUUGAUUUGGCCACAGGAACACUGAGUAGCAUCCAAAGUGGCACGCGAAAAUUGCUGGGGAAAUCAAAUCCUGUUCAUGCACUGCAGGUUCAUGAUGGAAUGAUAUAUUCAAGUAGCUUUUCCUUGGAUGGAGCAGCUGUUAAGAUUUGGAGUGCCACAAACUACACUAUGGUGGGAUCACUUGCAUCUACAAUGGAAGUUCGGACUUUGGCAGUGAGCUCAGAGCUAAUUUAUUUGGGGAGCAAGUCAGGAACUGUGGAAAUUUGGUGUAGGAAGAAGCUCAUUAGAGUAGAAACACUACAAACUGGUACCAAUGGCAAGGUACAAUGCAUGGCUGUAGAUGGUGAUGAAGAAGUUUUGGUAGUAGGAACUUCUGAUGGCCGCAUACAGGCAUGGGAACUGAGUUAAAGGUGGUGCUGUAAAUUAAUUAUACAUCAAUUUUGGAUAGAAGGACGUUUGCAUGUAAAAUAUUUCAAUUGAAAUUCUUUUCAUUUUUCAAAUAACCUUGCUUCUCCCCAGAGUUUUUCUUGAGAAAUCUCUGUAUUUCAUUAGAAUAAAAAUGCUAAUUCUUUCACUUUCAACCUCUUGAAUUGUAGUGCCUUAGUAUUGUACAAAAACUGAUGUCUAUAUGAUUUGGCAUUCUGCAAUAUAUCCAAGAAAAAAAUAUUUUACUGUCGGAAUGUAUUUCUAAUUA